AUGCGUACUUGUUACUACGAACUUCUUGGGGUGCAAACCAAUGCAACCGAAGAUGAAAUUAAAAAAGCUUAUCGUAGAAGAGCAUUGGAAUGGCAUCCAGAUAAAAACCAUCAUAGGAUUGAAGAAGCAACCGGACAAUUUUCUCUUCUUCAAGAAGCUUAUGAAGUUUUAUCUGAUCCUAACGAAAGAACUUGGUAUGAUGGUCAUCGUGAUGCCAUUUUAAGAGAGGGCGAGUAUUGA